AGACAUACAUUGACCAGUUGACCGAGAGCUACGUGCUAUCACGGUUAUCAUUUUAUAACACUAGUUAUUAUUCUAAAAUCACCUGAAUUUAGCAGAGAAUAAUUUAAAUUUGGUUGAUGAUCAUUCGUGAUUGAGUUUGAUUGAUUCUUGGAUUUUUAAUUUGGAUUAAAUUAGUGAGGCGAAAGUGAUUGCAAAAUGAGGCUGGUAGCCUCUCUGAUCCUAUGUGCUGCACUUACUGUCUCUGAUGUCUACCCGGAAGGAUGUUCGCAUUGUUGGUUACAGAAUAGAAGUAGAUCGAAGAGGAGUAUCGAUUUCAACGAUGUCCUCAAACUCCCGGCGUACAGAAUGCCGAGAGAUUUGAAGCCCAUUAGUUACCAGUUGGAGAUCCAUCCGUCAACGAAAAAUGGAACAUUCAGGGGACGAGUUUCUAUCCUCGGGGUUUGGCCGACUGAAGGGUCGCGGAUCAAGCUUGAUGCACACGAAGAUCUCAAUAUUACUGAUGUCACCGUCAAGUGUUUGAAUGUCAAUACCACAGAUACGUGGGAGCCAGCAGACAUUGCUCGAAGGCAGCACAACUGCCAGAAAUCUGAAUACAACAUCGACCUGGAGCAGUGGUUCGUACCAGGUCGUAAAUGCCAGUUGAACAUCACCUACACUGGGAACGUUACUUCUAGCGAGAGUGCCGGGAUUUUUAUGAACUCAUACCUAGACACUCAAGCCCAGGAGCACACGUUCAUCGCAACGCAUCUGAGGCUCAAUAAUGCGAGGCGGCUGUUCCCUUGCAUCGAUGAACCGGAGUACAAAGCUAUGUUUGAGCUGAGUAUCAUCAGGCCGGUGAAGAUGAUUUCUAGGUCUAAUACACCGCUUAAUUAUACUGUUGAAGUUCCCAAUGAUCCAACUCUGAUGAAAGAUGUCUUCGAAAAAACCCCAGAAAUGUCGACGUACCAACUCGCCUUUAUGAUAUCCGACUUUGAGAGCAUAUCUCCAACUAGAUCAGUGAAUCCUUCGGAGACUCGUAAGCCCCUGGAGAUUAAAGUCUGGGGGAGAAGGGAAUACCUGAGUACCCUGUCAAAAGUGCCCAAUAAAAUUGUGACUAUUGUCAACUAUCUUCAGCAUUACUUUAAUAUCUCCAUUGGACUUUCGAAGCUGGAUAUUGUGGCAAUGCCCAUGUACACAGCCACAAAGCCUUCUGAUAACUGGGGACUCAUGUUCUUCAGGGAGGGCGAACUAAGCAGUCCCCUAGUAUGGAAUACAGCAUAUGAACUGAUAUACCAAUGGAUUGGCCAGAGAGUCACUCCCUUCCGUUGGAGUGAUGCCCAAGUGAACAAGGCACUGAACUCAUUUCUCGCUUCGAAAACAACAGUCGACAUCGAUCCCAAUGAAAUGGAGGGCAAGUGGCCAAUGACGUUACUCUACUCUCUUUAUUACGAAUUCGGUAAAACUUUUCCAUUCUCAAGAGUGGCUGGAAUAAGGCACGAGGCUGUUUCCGCUAAGACUGAACUCGUCUUCCGUAUGUUUAACUAUACGUUGGGAGAGGAAAUGUUCAGGAAGGGAGUACAGAGGCUUAUUCAUGAAUCAUCCAAAAAUCGCAGCUUCUAUGCCAAUGACAUCUUCGCUCAUCUCGAUACAGUGAGAAUACAAAACAAUGUAACUCUGCCAGACGAUCUGACAAUCAGUAGUAUAGCUGCUCCAUGGAUAUUCCGUGACCGUGUGCCACUGGUAACGGUAACGAGGGAUUACGAAACCGGAAACAUCACCUUCACACAGUCUGUUUACUUACGCGAAGCAGCUCCACCAUCUAACGAAAAAAUGUCCUAUCAAUGGGAUAUUCCUAUCGUUAUGAUAAAUCAAGACAAAUUGAACUUCACAGAGCUGAAGACCAACUUUUGGCUGACUAAAGCUGACUCUCAUAUUACUAUGAAGGACACUGUUGACAAAAACAAAUUUAUCAUCGUCAAUCCGGAAGAGAUCGGUAUGUUCCCGGUCAACUAUGAUAUGUGCAAUUGGCAAAUGCUGAGUGAGUUUCUCCAAGGACCUCAGAGGGAAACAAUUCCAGUUUUGACGAGGGCAAAAUUGCUGCACGAUGCUUGGAAUAUGGCAUAUGCUGGCAAUUUUUGCUUUGAAGUUGCCUUUAAUAUGACGCUAUUCUUGAAGAAUGAGACCAGUCAUGUUGUGUGGGAGCCAUUCUUCACUAUGAUUGAUCAUGUCGGUAGGAGAAUUCAAGGGUCUGAGGGAGUUUACGCCAAAUUUGAGGCGUAUAUCUUUAGUCUCCUCCAGCCACUCUACAAAAAUCAAUUGGGUGAAAUUCCACAGCAGAAUGAACCAUCGUGGAAAGUUCACAUGAGAGGUCUGGCGAAAAACUUUUUGUGCCGAGCUGGAUACGUUCCCUGUGUCAACGAAGCCGAGGAGCAAUACAAAAAGUGGAUGAAGGAUGAUGAGCCUGAUGAAGGAAACCCUGUCGCCAAUGAAUUCAUCUGCCCGGUAUUCCGAUGGGGUACAAUGGAAGAAUGGGAAUUUGGUCUACAACGCGUGAUAAAUUUCCCCCAGAAAACGAUAGAAAGAAAACAGAGCGAAAGAACGUAUCUAUUGAAGACACUGGCUGGUUGCCCAGCAGACAAGAAGAAGAUUGAGCGUCUCCUGAAUGUCACAAUUCUCGACAAAAACUCAAACUUCUCCGACUCCGAUAUUCACCUCGUCUACAGCACACUCACAGGCAGUGCAACGGGUUACUCAACCCUCUUCGAUUUUCUCGUGGACCAUUGGGACACUGUUAAACAGAGAUUUGAGAACAAGAAACACCUUUGGAAUGGAAUUGUCAAUUCCGCAACGUCAUCAUUCAGUACUCAGGAGGGGUUCGACAUGGUUUCGGAAUUGUAUGCAUCCAAGCAGAGAGAAUUUGAUACUGCUGACUCGUUGAUGGACAAAGUCCUUCAGGAUAUUGACCAAGAGUCCAAGUGGAAUGAGAGAAAUGUUCCGGUAAUCGAAAAUUGGCUGAAGAAGCAUCUUGGGAAUAAACCCUCGGAGCUUCUGUCGUAUGCGAGACAAACGACUACUGUCAGUCCUAUGGCUGGAUAAGAAUGAUGGUGAAGAGAAAGAAUUUUUACGUUUCAAAAAAUUUAAUAGAAAAACCUGGCGCUUUUGUUAGAAAAUUCUAUCCAAUACCUUUUGGAAAUUUCACCUUUUACGUGCGAUUUUUGACAGAUAUUUGAUAGAAAAAAGUCAAUAGUUGCUGAUUUUUCUGUAUAAUAACUCAUUCGCUUGGGAUCCUUUCUAUUGAAAUUCUUGGGCAUUGAUUUUUUAAUUUUUUUCGUUGUUCAUAACUGUAGACUGCAGGAAAAAAUGCUCUGAAAAUUUAUGCCUCAGGGUUUUUGUAGAAAAAAACGCAACGGGAUAGGUUGUAUAGAAAACUUAAAAAUGUAUUAACUUUUUCCAUCUAAAAUUUAAUGAAAAAUUGUACGAUAAACUUUCAGAAUUCCCAAUGAAUAAGAAUUGCCAAUGGAAUUGUUUUAGAACUUUCUAGCGAACGCAUCAGGUUUUUCAUUGAAUUUUUUAUACAUACUGUAACUAUGUGUUGAAGUUAUGUUGAAGAAUAUGACAUAGACUAUUUUUGCAAAUAUCUUUGAAAAGUAUUCAUCUGGGAAAGAAUGUCAAACGCCGUUUUUUGUAGAUAAGAGAUUUCUAUAGAAAAAUGCCUAGAUCGAUUUCUCUCGAUUUCAAACUCAACUUUUUCGAGAAUUUUAUGAAUGAAUACGUAAAUACAGAGAUAUCUUCUUCUAUCACUGCAUCAACUUGUUAUUAAAUUUGAGAAAAACGAAGAGACAGAAAUUAUUAUUUUUGCAGAUUUAAUCGUAUUUAUAUUCUACUCGCUAUUUUAGCUAUCUCUGAAAACGACUGGAUGAAAUACUCAUAAUCAAUGACCAUUUAUUGAUUUAAUCCGAUGUAUAAAGGAUAGCAAUGAGAUUACAGUAUUUUAACGUUUUGUUUUAUUGCAAUAUAAAUGUCAGUUUUUAUUAUGAAAUAAAAAAUAAAAUUACAUAAACAUUCACAUCAA